AUGGAUAUUACUGGAAAUGAAUUCCUGGCAAUUACAUCAAUUAUUGGUGGCAUAAUUAGCAUUGUACUUUCAAGCAUCCUUAAUUGUGCCAGAAGGGAAAACGCUAGAAAUCAAAAAGUAUUGAAGCAAAAGUGGCUACUAAACAAUUCCCAAUAUCAGCACUUCUCUUAUGAUGAUUACACACCUGAAACAUUGAUAUUAUCCAGACGUCAUAAUGGAUUAAAUAUGAGUUGGAACAAUUUGAACCAGCAGAACGACACUUCAAAGACGAAGCAGGAAAUGAUUGAACGUGAUGACAGUCCGCAAAAAAUGAUUGAACCAUUACCUGACACAUUCAUUUCUUAUGUCACGGAUAUUAAUCUAAACAAUAAUAAUAAAUUGGAGGAAGAACAAACGGCAAUAGCAGAAAUUGGCACCACGAGUACUCAGAUGACAACCACGCUGAAUUCUAUGCCAUCACGUGGGAAUCUGAAUCCAAGUGUGAAUCUGAAUCAUAUGGUUUCCAAAUCAAACAGUAUUUUUGAGGUGGCUAUUGGUGACGAAGAAUUACGAAAUAGAUUUGAAUCAAAUAUUAUUGAUGAUAAAUCAAUUUUAUCGAAGGAAAAAAGUUGGAAUAGUGGACAGUACUGCCGAUGCAAUCAUGAUGAAAGCCUUCAAAUUCAAGCCAAACAUAAAAAUUGUAAUAAAAAGAUGCCAGAAAAUGAGAUGAUUGAAGAAUAUAAAUUAUUGGAAUCAGUGGCAGAGAUGGUGAAGAAGUACGAGCAGAAGGUAUGCCUGGAAAAUAAUUAA